UGCCGGAAAGCUACAUCGGAGAAUGAUAAAGCUGCAUGAUGUCCCGAGCAGUCAGCUGGAUAAUGGAGAUGCAGGGCAGGAAGGGAAACACCAGGAGGCAGACAUCAGGCUUGACCCUAACUGGACCCCAGCACCUUCCUGCUUUUGCCCGAACUCCACCGCAGCCACCCGCUUUCUCCAGGCAGAGCUGGACCUCAGCGCCCGUCUGCGGAUGCUCACCUUUGGUGAGACAGUGCGUUAUAUCUAUGACCCACUCGAUUACGCCUGGAAUACGCAUCGCUGCUAUGUGGAGACAUAUUGCCAUGGCGGCCAGAAUGUCCUCUUCCUGGGAAUGAAUCCGGGGCCUUUCGGAAUGGCACAGACGGGGGUUCCAUUUGGUGAGGUAAAAUUCGUCCGCGAUUGGCUGAAGAUCACAGGGGAGGUGGGUCGGCCGGCAGUCGAGCACCCCAAGCGUCGGAUCACGGGCUUGGCCUGUACUCAAAGUGAAGUGAGUGGGGCACGUUUCUGGGGCUUUUUCCAAGAGCUCUGUGGUGAACCUGGAAACUUCUUCCGACACUGUUUUGUGCACAACCUCUGCCCACUGGUCUUCAUGGGAGAGUCUGGGAAGAACCUCACACCACCUGAACUGCCAGCAGCAGAACGCGACACUCUUCUCUCACACUGUGACACCACCCUUUGCCAGGUUGUCACUGCCCUGGGAGUCUCACUGGUAAUCGGAGUAGGCAAAGUUGCAGAACAGCGUGCUCGUCGGGCUCUCUCUGAGGCAGGCUUCUCCAUUAGGGUGGAGGGGAUUAUGCACCCUUCCCCAAGAAACCCACUUGCCAAUAAGGGCUGGGCAAGUGUGGUCAGAACCAAGUUAGAGGAAUUAGGGGUGUUGAGUAUGCUCACCAAGUGACUGAUUCUACCCGAUUCUGAACUUUGAAUAUUCACUUCUAAGGUGCUUUUGGAGACAACCAUUAUUACCCUGUAUGCAGGAAAUUUGAAAGAAUGGAGGCACACUCUAAACCUUUCUUUUAUAAACACACACACACACACACACACACACACACACACACACUGGAAUUAAUUGUAUAUUAAGUUUUUGUGUUUUUAUAUAUAAAAAGAAAGUCUCUCUUUCACAACUUCUAAAUGUACCUCUAUACAUUUACUAGUACAUCAUGAUUCUUCAGGCUUUUUUUCCAUACUAAUAAUUAUAGGCUUAUUACAAUAAUUAGAAUAAUUAAAUCAUAAUAGCUUUCAUUUAAAUGAGUUCUCUGGGUUCCUUAAAUAUUAGGUCCACAUCUGGGUUGGCCUUUUCAAAUGCAUGUUGAUGUUUUGGAACUAGAUGAGUCAGGUAGGAAAGGGUAUCGCAAGAUUCCUUUAGUAAUUCUGGUUAUACAAUGAAAUGCAUUGUAAGAAUAGUGCCGUAAUAAUUCAACAACCCUUCAAGAUAGUAAUUUCAUACAUUCCAUCUUAACGUUAGGAACAUUGAUGUUUGUAAAUGGAUAUAUUUCUGAACCCCAAGACUCUACUCUGCUUUUAGAAAUCUGCAUCCUUGAACAAAGGCAAUGAAUAAAGGCAGUUAUUAUCUGGCUCUAAUAAAAUGAUUCUGAAGUACAUCAGAAUGAACAUACCCAACUUCAUUCCUACAUAUCCAUCAUUGUAAAAUGUAUUUAAAUAGGCAUCAUUGUUUCACACUGAUUACUAAGAGCUUACCUAGAUAGCUAACACAACAUGCUGCUGGGGCUUAUUUGAUCAUUGACAAAUGAUGGUAACCAAGAAACUUCUAUUUCUCAAGGCAUUUGGUACCAGGACUAACCCUGCCACAACAUACAUUUCAGCCUCUGAAGGAUUCUAAAUUAACCUAUGAGUUUAAUCAGUAGUGUUACAUAUGCACAAAUAUUGUGUGUAAUAUAAUGUGACCAUCCAAGCCUUCCCGUAGAAAAACACCUCACAACACUUUUAAUUUGAAUUAGUUUGGGUGUGUAACCAACUGAAAAUCACAAAGUGACAUUACUCUAAUCCUUUUUUUGGCUGUGUAGAUCACUUUUAAUUUGUUUUUAUUUAUAUGUUAUACAUCAACAAAGUGAACACAAAUAUGCAAAAGUUGUUGCUUUUUUGCAACAACAGUUACAGAGGGAAAAGUAUAUAGAAAAUGUCAAAAUAUCAAAAUGUUUGUUUGUUUGAAAAAUAAUCAUAACACUUUGUCUAUAUAGAACCAAUUCUGCUUGAACAUACGAAACAAUGUAAAGUAAUGCUUUCAAUAAAAUACUAUGGUCUACUGUA